UUGUGGCAAUACCGUGGAUUUUGCCUAGACGAGACACAGUUCAUGUCAGAAUUGACAAGAAUGUACUUUUUGUAGGUUAGGAGAAUUCAUACACCAGGUUACGAUAAUCAAUGUCACAGGUUAGGAUAAUUAGGUCAAGGUUAGGAAAGGGGUAGGCUAAAAUAAAUCAACUUUUGACGUAUAUUUGACAUAAACUGCAUCCCAUCUAGCGAUGAGCAAUACUGUGGCACUGAAACGGUCAGCUGCACAGAUCAGGAACAAGGAAGACACAUCGCUACUAGAUACCAUACAUCUUUGAAGCGUGCCUGUACUAUCGGCAGGGAACAGAUAGAAAGGUUGAACAAGUUACGGAUCUCACGCUGCUUCAGAACGCAAGCUUGGUCUCGAACAGUAAAGCUGGUGGCGCGAUCUGUCGCGAUGUUGUAAACCAUGGACAGCAGAAUAAACGAGAUUCCGGAAAGGACGUUUGAUUUGGUACUACAGAUUGCAUGCCCAACAUCUGAAAAUGAAGAAUUCCGUGCUGAAGAUGGCCCAUUUCUGGCUGCAGAAACUCAAAGAUCCUGCCGUGCUGUGGAGCUUCCCCCAGGACUACACAGACCAGGAGUUUCUCCAGACGAUACCCAAGUUCUGCUUCCCCUUCGAUGUGGAGAGGGUUUCCCAGAGUCAGGUGGGCCAGAACUUUACCUUUGUGCUGACGGACAUCGAGAGCAAGCAGAGGUUUGGCUUCUGCAGACUCACGUCCGGCUGCCGUGUCUGCAUCUGUCUGCUCAGUUAUCUCCCCUGGUUUGAGAUCUACUACAAGUUCCUGAACACACUAGCAGAUUACCUAACCAAAAACCAGGAGAAUGAGCUGAAUGACAUGCUGAACUCACUGUACAGCCUGCCGGUGCCAAAGCCCUUCACCCCAGUCAACCUGAGUGUGACCGCGCUGUUGCAUAUAGCCACUGGGCAAGUACUGAGAGAUGCACCAAGCCGGCAGCCGCACUCCUACUUCAUAGCCCCAGAUAUCAACGGCUUGCCCACAAUCCCCGAGAGUAGGAACCUGACAGAGUAUUUUGUGGCGGUGGACGUCAACAAUAUGCUGCAUCUGUACGCCAGCAUGCUGCACGAACGACGCAUCAUCAUUACCUCAAGCAAGCUUAGCACUUUAACUGCGUGUGUCCACGCCUCUGCUGCCAUGCUGUUCCCCAUGAACUGGCAACACAUUUACAUCCCUGUACUGCCUCCACAUCUACUGGACUACUGCUGUGCCCCCAUGCCAUACCUUGUGGGAGUUCAUCUCAGUCUGCUGGAGAGAGUGCGCAGCAGGUCAUUGGAGGAUGUAGUGAUUCUGAAUGUGGACACCAACACACUGGAGAGCCCCCAGGAUGACCUGCAGAACCUGCCCAGCGACGUGGUCCACUCUCUGAAGAGUAAGCUAAAGAAGCAGUCGACAUCAACCGGAAGUGGAGUAGCAAGGGCCUUCCUCCGGGCUCAGGCUGCUCUGUUUGGAUCCUACCGAGAUGCCCUCCGAUACAAACCUGGGGAACCAGUCACGUUCUGCGAGGAGAGCUUUGUGGCUCACCGCUCCAGCACCAUGAGAAACUUCUUGGAGAUGGCGGUCAACCUGCAGCUCUUCAAACAGUUUAUUGACGGCCGGCUGGCCAAGCUGAAUGCAGGCCGAGGCUUCACUGACCUGUUUGAAGAGGAGAUCAGUGAGGGAGGCUUCUGUGGAAGUAAUUCCAGAUCUUAUCAACAGUGGGUGCACACCGUCAAGAGAGGCGGCGUGCUGAUCAACACUGCAAUGACUAAGGCCAAGAGUCAUGCCAAGAGGGGCAUUCGCAGGCUCAAGCAAAGGGUGACCUAUGAAGAGGAGGAUGAUGGGCCGUUCUGCUCAGGGUCUCCCACCAGCACCAAGAGUCUGUCACCACGGAGACUGCAGAAGAGGAGACAUCAUUAUUAUGCAAAGUCUUCCAUGGGAUGUCCUGACUUUGCCAUCGAUGACGAUGAACUGGACACUGCCAGCAAGAUCUCGUCUGAGGACAGUGGGGAGAUGCCGUCCUACACUGAGGACAGUGACGACUCCUAUUCGUUGGAGCUCGACACAGACUCCUCCCACACAGGCCAGAUGAACCUAUUAGAGGAGAUCCUUGACUCUCUGAGCACCACCAGCACAGAGCAUGGAACACUCAGCGCUGCCAAGAGCCUGGACUUCUUCAGAUCUAUGGACGACAUCGACUAUAAGUCUCCGAACAAGUCCAACCCCCACAGUGAGAGUAAUCUGCCCCAGAUGUGUACCAGUGGCAGCAGGGUGGGGGGAGUAGGUGGGGGAGGGGAACAGGGAGGAAGCUGGCAGGAUGACAGUGCCCUCCACGGGAAGCACCUGCCCCCCUCCCCUCGUAGACAGCCUAGCAAGAGCAGCCUCAAGAAGCCAAAGCAAAACCCCUUGACAGCCUCUCCACCGGCCACAGCUGCAGUCCCAGCCAAGGACAACAAGGUCCCCAAUCUCCUGCCCAAGACCCAGCCCCUUCAUACCAAGACCCAGCCCCUUCAUACCAAGCCCCCAAUCUGUCUCUCUAAGCCCCUUCCAGAGGAGCCUUCGCUCCCAACACCUCCAUCACCACACCUGGGAGACCAAAACCCCUCUUCCAGCCGCUCUCCUGCACCAACCCGUGCAUCCACACACAAUCCUCCACCGGCAACACACACCCCUCCACACACCUCAACGCUGACCCGUGUUAGAGCCUCCACAGACCCCCAGCCUGAGUCUGAGACCAAACCCCAGACCACAUCCAGCAUCCUGCGGGGGAAUGUGCUGUCCAAGGAGACGGCGAGGCAGGACCAGGCCCUCCGGAGGCAGGGCAGUCAGGACAAAGAGAGGCAGGGUGUGAAAGCCGGGCAGCCCUCUGUGCCGGUCCCCUGGGAGAGAGGGAGGCCAGAGGAGGGGGGGCAGGGAGAGGACCAGGGCCUAGGGCUGGGGUUGGGGAAGGAACAGGGCAGGGUCUUUGGGGCAGAGGUCCAGGAGAAAGGCCUUCUAGAGGAAAUAGAGUCUAUGUGUCAUCUCAGCUCAGCCUUCCAGACCAGCCUACAGCUGUCCCAGGUCCAGUGCCACACCAACAACACACAUAAUAAUGCCCACGCCAACAGCCACAGCAAAGCCACCGACAAGUCCUGAGACGGACAGGGACAGGGAAAGGGGUACUUGAGGUAGAAGUUGCCCUUAAGAAUCAGACUGCCCUCCCCAAAUCCUAACCUUAACCACUGAGUGAAAAAUGUUUACGAAAAGAUCAGUGUGUUUAAACAGAGAACAAAUUCAUUUUUCCUUCGAUCUGAAAGUAUUGUAAAAACACAAAGUAAACCCCCAUGACCUUGGUCACUCUUCCACUGUACAGUCUCCUAACACAAUGCCUUAAACCAGGGAUGGGCAACCGCGGGACGCCUUUUGUAGGUCUGAGGACCAAUUUCACCAAAAAUAUACAACCUUUUUUUAGGAACUCAGUCGGGGUUUCAGCUUGCUGUUAAGAGUUAGAAUAAUAGAGUACACAAGGUGCAAUUUCGAAAUGUAUCGGAAGUCACUCAAUUAGCCCAUGUCGGCUACAUUUUUAAAAAAAUUGUUCAGUUAGUCUAGUGGCCAGCUACCUAAACUUGUAGUAAGCAUGGUUGAAUUAUAUAUUAAAAACUGUUUACAUUUGCCUCCACCCUCUGGCACAAUGUGUGUAAUUACAGGGAAUUAGCUGUAAAAUGUCUAAUUAUUCUCUGUGCCCCAUGGCAGAAUGAAGAGAAUUGCAUGAAAUUUGUUACAAAAUUGCUAAAUCUUCUCUCUACCCCUGCAAAAUGUGUAGAAUUUCAGCAAACUUGCUUUAAAACGGCAACAUUUUCUCCACGCCCUAUGGCAAAAUCUGCAGAUUUGCUGUUAAUUCAUUUUAAAACUUAAAAUUGGUGGGGUGUCCAAAUCAAAUCCAGCCCCUCAUGAUGAGUUUUGUUUGUGCCCCCCCUUAUUAAAGUUGCUCAUCCCUGCCUAAAACGGAGGUGUGCUUUGCAUUUGGUACUGCUCAGUCUUAAAAUGAAUACUGUAACUGUUACUUUGGAACCAGUUGACCUGCUUAGAUCUACUAUGUGGAACGCAGCCAGCUUUCCCACUGUGCUUAGAUAUAUUAAGAUAGUUUAAUAUAUGUUGCACUCAGAGAGAAGCUCUGUUUAGUUUGAUUUCAGAGGCUUAUCUAUUUAGAUAUGUAUUUUUCUCAAGUGUUUGUUUCUCAGGAUACUCCUGUCUGUUAGGAAAGAAAGGCGAAAAGGACUUGUGUAAAUACAGCGGAUAUGAAUGAAUAGACAAGCCCAUCCAUGGCACCUAUCGCACCGUCUCUUGGUCGGUCUCUCUCUCUCCACAUCUCUCUCCAUCUCUCGCUUCCUGUCUCCAUGUCGCCACUCCUUCCCACUCGUGCUCGCUCUCCUCCAUUCACCCUUCCAUCCUCGCCAUCUCCCACAAUCUCUGUCUAUCCUCCUACCCUCACACACUCUCCUCCUUUCUGGAUUUACCCCAGUGUUUUACCCAAAAGGCUCAGACUUUUCUGUUUCCAUCUACGCGAGCUGGCACCGUGGGCUAUGGGUAGUUUUCAGCCUUCGUUUACAUAACAAUGGCUAACUGGGAACUUCAAACACCGUCACAAAGCAACAGUCUUGAUGAUGCAGACGUUGUCUUUAGUCUUUAGUGUCACACUCCUGAUGGAAAUAAUAUCACUAGAGCUUACACUGACAGCCCACUGGUAUGGGGGUAUGUCAUUGGUAAAACACCCAUGAGUGCUUUAGGAGGAGUGUGACUUCACUCUGCUAUGUGCACACACCGAACGAAAUGCGCUGUCCCGUACUCUGAUGCCACCGCACUGUGUUUGACUGGAAGGCUUGAGAUGAUUGUAGAAUAGUAAUAAAGCAAUACGGCUCUGCUCUGAGAAUGUGGACGGACGGCCAAAGAGAUUUUCAUAGGAAUCUCCCAUGGAGAGAAUGCAAGCCCUUCUGGGUAAUGUCCAGAGAUGGUGGCCACUCACUAUCGUACCACUAUGGUACAUACAGACAAAAGAAAGUAUUUUCCAGUACUUGUUUGUGGUUAUGUUGAUGAUGAGUUUAGCCUGUUUACGCUAGCGAUUUGUGUGGCAUGCCGUUGAGUGUGGCGGUUGAACGGUAACUCUUGCCCCCCUGUCCUGAGCUCGGGCUGUGGUGACGAUGAGAUCGUAAAGCGAGUUCUCCGUGGUUCUGGGAAGACCUCACUUCAGCUAUUCAUUUGGAUUUGAAAGGGCCCCGUGUACAAUUUAUGUUCGCCUAUGUUUCAAUUUUGCUAUUUAUUUGGUGCAGCUUUGAAGUUGGAGCACUGUCUAUGUACUAUGCAAACGAAACUUAUUUAAAGUUUCCAAAUUCAGAAUAGAAUUUGAGGUUACCACUAUAAAGAUCAGGUAAUUGAUAAUCAUAUUUGUGAAUCUGGCCUUUUCUGAGUACCACUUAGUAUUCUCAGCACAAGUCAUUAGGGAGAAAUCGAGUGGCUUUAAAGAGUCGUCCCCUCAACAUUUCAGUUGAUAUCGUCUGUAUAUGCAAAAGAGACCAAGGACCACUGGUCCGGUCAGUAGGGAGGCCCUGAGAAUAAGCCACGUCCUUAAAGAUGGAAUCCGAAUUGGGGGGGAACAGCGCCACUGGUUUCUGAACUGAGGAGCGUCGCGCAGCACUGUAAAACAAAUUGCGGUACAUAUUGUGCUCGUCUAUGUGCAAUGAUGUCCGAUGAGGAAAAAAACUGUGUUUGCUGUUUACAGUAAGUUAUUUGCUGUUUACAGUAAGUUAUUUGUUGUUGAAAUAUCGCAAACGGACAUGGUUGUUUUCACCAUUAAGGAUUCCAGCUUUAAAUGCAUGUUGGUCAGUUCUUUCGCCUAUGAGAUCCACUAGAAAAUGCUUAAUUUCUGUUUAAUUCUUUCUAUUUCUGUUUUAAAAUGUUGUAAUGAGGCUUUACUCUAUGUGUUCUUUUUUUUCCCAUCUGUGCUGAUAUUUCAAUGGUCUUUCAUACUGAACUCACUAUGGAGAAGGAUCUUGUUAUGCUUUGUUGUAGGUAGUUAUAUUUUAAGAUUUAUUAUAGAUGAAAGAUUGUAUUUUUUGUGUUUUAAGUAUAUUUUACAAGGAGAAUAUAUAACUGGUAUAAUAAUAUAUUGUAAAUGAUUCGUAGAACAAACAAGAUUUGAAUGUUGUUAUAUAACUUUUUGGGGGUGGGGGAAAUAUUUUGUAUAAUGAUAAAAUGUGUUAUCUCAAACCAUUUGCCAUCCAGCCACUCACGUAUCAUGUCACAGCAUUUCUGAUUCCUGAGAUAGAUGACCGAAACGGCAUACCUAUGAAUUUAACUUUCUUUUUUAUUUUCAAUUUGUGUUGUGCAUGUACAGUAGAAUAUCCUAUUAUUCCAUUCCCCUGCUUCAAAAUAUCUGUGUGUAUUGGCCAUGUUUUGCUGAUCUUAUUUGGUUGUUAAAUGUGUUUUAAAGUUAAUCAGCUCAAGAUUUAACGCAAAAAAAAAGGUAGUGUCAGGUACGGUAGUGUUGUCCAGUAUCCACAAUUUGUUUAGCCAACUUGAUAUACUUUAUUAUUAGUUAUUUCAUCUACUACACGACUAGUGUAUUAACUGCGAUGGAUUGGGAUGUCUUACUAACACUUGCAAUAGUCAGCUCGGAAUCCUUUGAGGCUGAGUAUCUGUGUACUGAAAAGCUGGUUAUUUUUAUGACUGAAUGUCUGUUUUACCGUCUCAAAGCUUACUGCCUGACGCAGAAGAAAAUAGGACGAAAGCGAACCUCUUCUGUUCUCUUUUCUAAAUGCUGCGAUUGCAUUUCCCUUUUUCCUAAUACUCACGUGAUAUGAAAGAUCAAAACCCCACUGGUUGUCAGGAACUAGCAGAGGCAUUAUCACCUGUCUCUUUAACCUUUCUUUCACCGCAGUGACAACACUGAGACUUUUGACACAGUGUUCAUGUUCAUUCGUUCUCCUUUCCCACUGGUCCCUCGACACGGUACUGUAGUUAUUUGAAUAUGCCGUAUGCAACCUACUGAAGUCUAGUGCGUGCACACUUGAUUGCAUGUUCUCAAUGCCGAGAAAAACUGUUGUCUUAAAUAACGUAUAGGUCAAUCUAAUGUGCUAUCGAUGGAACGGUACAACUGUUAUGCACUGUGGACUUAAAAAUAAAUUAUAUUCGUGUUAAUGCAACAUUGUCCUUUUUUUUUUUUCAUUGUCCUUUUUUAUCUCUAAAAUAAAAUAAAAAAAGCAAACGCAUACAAAAGGGCAGUGCAAUUAUACUCUCCUUUAAUGAAUAAAGUAUAUUCUUCACCUCAAAAUCAGACAUUUAGAAGCUGUAGACAUGCAUAUAGACUACGUAUAUAUGUAUGCUGGGAGUAUAGGAGGGAUUAUCAGAUCUGGAUGUGUCAAAAUCUGCUGACUUCUCUCUAAUGCCCUCAUCUACUCCUUGAGGUUCCUCAACAGGGUGCGCAUCGCCAUUGGCAUCAACCACUAUAUCGCAGUCACUACGGAGUCUUCAGUGGCUGCGGUGGCCACAGGGCAGUGCUCCUUGGGCUCCAGCUGCAGGACACAAUGGAGCUCCUAAAGCUUUGACUUCAAGGUGUGGUGGUCCCAUAACAAUUUCUGGUGUUUGUCUAUGAGCGAGUGGUGAUAAGACCAGAGCUUUCUGUGCUCCCUCUCCAGUGUGCUUCGGCACUAUCCUCUGGUGCUGCACUUUGAGUGUCUCCAUAAAGGCCUUGGUGUGAUAGCUCAGGGUGAGACACGUUGAUGUCUGUGUGGAGGAGGCAUUCAUGUGCAUUAGCUUCCUGACCAUCACUUUGGUCUCCUUGGCCAUCCGGUUAGAGUGGCUUUAUUGAGCUGCCAGGAGGGCACUCGGGUCACUAUUGGACUCUGUCCUUCUCCAUGUACAGAACAAAUGUAAAAUUAAAAUAAAAGACUUGUCACCUACCUCAGCCUGUUCCACCUACCUGGCUGUGGGAAGACGAGGCAACAGAUGCAGCCUGACUCUGAAUCUUCUCUGAGAUCAAGGAGUAAGACCGAAGUCUUCUCUAUAGGAAUCCUGGGGCAGCAACAUUACAUGAAACAGAGGUAUCCAGAUUUAGUAUGGUCCACUAUAUGAGCAGCAACUUUACCCACUACUGUACAUCAAGAUUAGAUACCGGAAACGGAAGAGUCGGACUGGAUCUCCUCGGAAACGGAGGAGUCGAACUGGAUCUCCUCGGCAAUAGGGGCAUCGGAUUUGCCCUCGAUGUUCCCGGCAAUCGAGGAGUCGCACUGGUCCUUUAUCUCCUCAGCAAUGGACUCAAACACGUCUCCCUCACAAAAGUCCUGGGGGCAACAGCAUCACAUGAAACAGAGGUAUGUAAUGUUAGCAUGGGGGCUCUAGGCCACCUUUACCCAUUACUGUAAAUUCAGAAGAUAAAACCUCCCCAGUUUAGUGUGGGAUGACUGAAUAGUCUUGUGGGUGUUGUCACUUCCCUUAGCCUGGUUCUCUUCUGCUCUCUGAAUAUAACCAGCAUGGGGACAGGAUAGGAGCAGGAUAGGAGCAGGAUAGGAAGACAGAGUAGCCUGUUUUUUUUGUUGUUGUUUUUUUACAUUUGUAAGGACAUUUACACACACUUAUCCUAUUCUAUUUGUGGCCUCAGUUGAGAAAGCACUGAGUUGCAUAUUCGAAAAGUCUGAAAUGUCCUAAACACUUUACCUUCACCAAGGGAUAGAUCAUCCACCAGCGAGUACCAGGCCUUUGGAUAAUCUGGACAGGUUGUACUCCGUUGAUAGCAACUCUAAUAUCAAGGUUCAUAAUCUGACAAGAGAAGGCAAUUCAGUUGCAUAUUAGGAAAGUUAAAAAACUAAACACUUUUACCAUCCUCAAGUGAGAGAUCCUCUAGCAGUGUGUAACAGGCUGGAGUUAUUAUGGCCUGUGCAUAAUCUGAAACAGAAUGAACUCAAAAGCAUAUAUUUUUAGACAAUAUCUAAUAUUUCUACAUUGUUUUUGAAUGAUACAAAAUAAUACCUGCUGUUAAAAACACAAUCAGGAACCAAGUUUAAGUUAAAGCUAACACUGUCAGCGGGCAAAUCGGGCUUGUUGCACAGGGUGUCAUAGCCGCUAGAAUGUCCCUUUGUCAUCAAAAUGUGACAUUAUAGGCGUACCCUCCCUCCCUCCUCCGCUUUCCCCGCCAGUUAUAAGGAUAAAGGCUGCAGGCCUGCUGCUUUGGGCUACAUUACAGGUAGGCCUUUAUUUGCUGAUAUGGCAUUUUCCUAAUGUAACCAGCCUUGUAAGGAUUUUGAUUUGAUUUAUUAGGAUCCCCAUUGGCCGACGCCAAUGGCGACAGCUGGUCUUACUGGCGUCCGACAUAUAACGAAAAAGACAUUACAGACAAAAGACUUUACGAUUCACACACACACUACUUGCUAAUGUUUUUAAAUGUAUGUGCACAUAUCAGUUACUCACACUGUACAUGUCAGUACAUACAACAAGAAGGUCACAUGGGGGAGAGGCGUUGUGCCGUGAGGUGUUGCUUUAUUUGGACUAUUGUUGGAGAUCUAUGCUGCAAUAAGACAUGAGGAGGUGCGGUAUAUGGCCAAUAUACCACGGCUAAGGGCUGUUCUUGUCACGCUCUGAUCUGUUUCACCUGUCUUUGUGAUUGUCUCCACCCACCUCCUCUAUGGCCUAUUUAUUGGCUUUACCUCCCUAAUCCUACUACAUUUGCACACACUGUACAUAGACUUUUUUUUAUAUUGUGUUAUUGACUGUACAUUUGUUUAUUCCAUUGUUUACUCUGUGUUGUUGUUUUUGUUGGACUGCUUUGCUUUUAUCUUGGCCAGGUCGCAGUUGUAAAUGAGAACUUGUUCUCAACUGGCCAACCUGGUGAAAUAAAUCAAAGAAAAAAAAGAAACCUCCAGGUGUCACCCGUUUUCCCCGUUAGUCCCUGGGUAUUUAUUCCUGUGUUCCCUGUUUGUCUGUUGCCAGUUCGUCUUGUCUUGUCAAGUCAACCAGUGUGUUUUUCCAUGCUCCUGCUUUUUCUUAUCUAUCUCUUGCUCGUCCUCCCGGUUUUGACCUGGGUUUGGAGAACGCUAGCCGAUUCCCACCCCGAGAAACCAACUCCUUGGUGGCGCAAAAGGCACACCCAAACCCCAUGGCAUCAGUGACUGGUGACACAUGUGGCUUGAAGACUGAAGAAGCCAGUGAGAGAAUCUACAGUCUUAACUUUUGUCUUUCUUUAAAAAAACAAUUUUGGCAAGGGCCUGCCUUGACUCUGAACCCGCCUGCCUGACCAUACUGCCUGGCCUGACUUCAAGCCUGCCUGCCACUCUGUAUCUCCUGGACUCUGACCUUGUUUAUGAUAUUUUGCCUGUCCACGACCAUUCUCUUGCCUGCACCUUGAAUUAUAAUAAAUAUCAGAGACUCGAA